AUGGAAAACCUCCUGAAGCUGUGUCUUUUUCUUCUCUGCUUUGAAACCGCUCUCACUGUACAGUGUGUAUUAUGUCCAUCUUACAAAGAUGGGGAGUGUGUUGAUGGGAAUCGGACAUGCACUACAAAACCUGGUGAAACUUGUAUGAUCCGCAGAACCUGGUAUACAUAUGAAAGCUAUGAACUGAAAAGUGCGGAGUUGAGGUGCACGGAUGUCUGUAAAUUUGAUGAGAAAUUUUCUGAAGGUCUAACAAUACAUACAUACUGCUGCAAUUUUGAAGAUUUCUGCAAUGCCAUUGACUUACCAAUCGUGAUGACCUAGUGUCAGCUAGUUUCAGUUGACCUCAUCACUCAUUUCCUUUCCUUCCUGUCUUUUUUUUCUUCCCUUUGUUUCAUAUUUUCUGAGCUAGAGAUUUUUCUCAGCCUCGCAUUUGUGCAAGUCACAGAACCUGGGGACAGACAGAAAUUCCUUGGUAUUAUGAAAGUAUAUCUGAUUAUAUCAGCUAAUUCUUAUUCCUGGUAUUCCAUAGACCUCAUCACCAUGAAUGUAGCUUGCAUGUGGUCAUCAAUGCAUUUGUCACAUCAGUGGGGCUUGGCAAAAUAGAUGAG